AUGGUGGUAUACAGCACGACGUUUGAUGAGCACAUACAACAAUUGGACGUCUUCCACGACGAGAACGAUUAUGAUGGGGGAUUGAGGAUGAUUGCAACAAUCACGAUGCAUAUCACCAAGAUUGUCAAUAAUGUGCCCAAUGCUGAGACAGUAGCCGCAACUCAACUUCUUGUCACCGUCUUGGUUUUCGGCAAUCCUUCUCACCUUGGCUUAUUGUGGGAACAGCACUCUUCAAGUUUGUGUGGCGAUUACCAAUGGCAUUACAUUGGAAAUGAAAUGGAUGUUGAUAUCGAUCGUUGCGUUGCUGAGGCUCUCAAGGAUAUCCAACGCUUGCUUGAACAACACAACGAGGCCCUUGAGAGCUUCCAUGGUAUGCCUUCGUUACCUGACUCCUCCAUUUUCAUGCAACAACUUCCUAUCCAACGUCAAGUAGACGACUCAUCAACAUCCACUGGUCGUGUCACACAUCAAGAUUCUGAAGAUCGGGUUGCUGCAUUAAAUAUACAGCAACGUACGCCAAAAUAA